CUCAUUGCUGAGGGAAGAGUUAGAAAGCUUAUCAUCCAUGGCUGCACACUUGAUGAUGCAAGAACAUACAUACACAUGUGAUGCCAAGGAUUUCAAGACAUCUGCAUUCUUGAAUGUGGAACCUCCAUUUGUGGAAUUUAGCAAACCUCUUACUGACCUUGAAGUUAAGGAGAAAGAAACUGCGCGGUUUGAAUGUGAAAUUUCACGUGAAAGUGCCAAGGUCCGCUGGUUCAAAGAUGGAGUUGAAAUUCGAAAGGGCAAAAAAUAUGAUAUUAUCUCUAAAGGAGUCACACGGACCUUAGUGGUGAACAAAUGUGUGUUUGAUGAUGAAGCAGAAUAUACCUGUGAAUCGAAAAUGGCCAGGACCUCAGGAUUACUUACAGUCAUUGAGGAAGAAGCUAUUUUCACCAAAAAUCUA